UGAGGGGGAGCGAUGUCUGCGACGCACCGGAAGCGGCUCCGAGGAAGGCCGGUGGGAGUGGUGGAGACGUGUCUGUGUGUGAGGCGCUGGGGGCACUUCCCCAGGGCUCUGGGUUAGGAAGGCAGCGGCUAGGUGCCUCCCCACGUACCCCUCGUGGGCCCAGCCGAGCAGCGUGGGGCGAAGGCGGCGGCGAAGGCCCGGGCUGGGAGCGUUGGCGGCCGGAGUCCCAGCCAUGGCCCAGUCUGUGGAGCGGCUGCAGCAGCGGGUCCAGGAGCUGGAGCGGGAACUUGCCCAGGAGAGAAGUCGGCGGGUGCCGGGGAGCGGCGACGGAGGGGGCGGCCGGGCCCGCAUAGAGAAGAUGAGCUCCGAGGUGGUGGAUUCGAAUCCCUACAGCCGCUUGAUGGCAUUGAAACGAAUGGGAAUUGUAAGCGACUAUGAGAAAAUCCGUACCUUUGCUGUAGCAAUAGUAGGUGUUGGUGGAGUAGGUAGUGUAACUGCUGAAAUGCUGACAAGAUGUGGCAUUGGUAAGUUGCUACUCUUUGAUUAUGACAAGGUGGAACUAGCCAAUAUGAAUAGACUUUUCUUCCAACCUCAUCAAGCAGGAUUAAGUAAAGUUCAAGCAGCAGAACAUACUUUGAGGAAUAUUAAUCCUGAUGUUCUUUUUGAAGUACACAACUACAAUAUAACUACAGUGGAAAACUUUCAACAUUUCAUGGAUAGAAUAAGUAAUGGUGGGUUAGAAGAAGGAAAACCUGUUGAUCUAGUUCUUAGCUGUGUGGACAAUUUUGAAGCUCGAAUGACAAUAAAUACAGCUUGUAAUGAACUUGGACAAACAUGGAUGGAAUCUGGGGUCAGUGAAAAUGCAGUUUCAGGGCAUAUACAGCUCAUAAUUCCUGGAGAAUCUGCUUGUUUUGCGUGUGCUCCACCACUUGUAGUUGCUGCAAAUAUUGAUGAAAAGACUCUGAAACGAGAAGGUGUUUGUGCAGCCAGUCUUCCUACCACUAUGGGUGUCGUUGCUGGGAUCUUAGUACAAAACGUGUUAAAGUUUCUGUUAAAUUUUGGUACUGUUAGUUUUUAUCUUGGAUACAAUGCAAUGCAGGAUUUUUUUCCUACUAUGUCCAUGAAGCCAAAUCCUCAGUGUGAUGACAGAAAUUGCAGGAAGCAGCAGGAAGAAUAUAAGAAAAAGGUGGCAGCACUGCCCAAACAAGAGGUUACACAGGAAAAGGAAGAGAUCAUCCAUGAAGAUAAUGAAUGGGGUAUUGAGCUGGUAUCUGAGGUUUCAGAAGAGGAACUGAAAAAUUCUUCAGGUCCAGUUCCAGACUUACCUGAAGGAAUUACAGUGGCAUAUACAAUUCCAAAAAAGCAAGAAGAUUCUGUCACUGAGGUAACAGUGGAAGAUUCUGGUGAAAGCUUGGAAGAUCUCAUGGCCAAGAUGAAGAAUAUGUAGAUAAUGGACUGGCAUGUAUUUUAUUUCUCAUGUUAAAGCCUCUUGCCUUGAAAUUAAAAACAAAUUUUUUAACUGAUAAAACUUAGUAUACAUUAAUUAAUGUAUACUCUUAAUUGUUAGUUUUUGAAAAUCCUGUGACUUGCUUGUUUCUCCCCACUCCAACAAAAUCAUUAACUCUCCUAAAAUGUAUGUUUCAUUCUAGUAAGAAAACCUCAAAGGACAUUGUAGGAUAUAAAUCUUAUUUGAAAACAUAGCUAUUGAAAUGUGUUGGCCUUUUGGAGUUGGGGAAGGACAAAUCUGAUCCUGUAAUCUUUUUCUUUCCAAACUCUUUCUUUCUUUUCUUUUUAAUCCCUUGUGUCUAGGGCAUGAGGAUAUGGACAAUAAAGCAGCACAUGUCCCUAGAUAGAGGGAGAAGGACAAGACAUACAGCUUACUGAUUAGAGCUAGCAAACAUCUGCUCAUUAUAUCUGGAAUUGCUGUCUAUAAUAAAAUUGCCCACUACUAACUUGAUCAACAAUCAAUUUAAAAUAGUUAAUGUAUGAAGUAGCAUCCUCUCAAAUGUUUGCUGAUGAAAUACAAGUUGAAAUAUAGCUAUUGGAAAAGUCUGUAAACCUGCGCAUUAUAUAUAUUCAAAGUGAGACAAAGGCAAAUAAAAAGCAGCUAUCUUCAUGAAUAGACAAA